GGGGGAAAAAGCACUCAAGGGUUUGCGUUCCUGAUGUAGAUAGCCCAAAGCGUUUCCGCCUACUUAUCCUUUAUAAUGGCGCAGGCGCGAAAGCUUUGGACUUUUGUUCUCGCUUUCAACAGUGGAGGGUUAGAUGCUGGCUGUAGAAUGCUAUGGUUUUCCGUUAGUAAAAGGGAUGGGUUUUAUUAUCCGUUUCAGUUUUUCUCCUAAAACAGUACUGUUUAAGGUGGUUUUCUUUAAGAAAGGGAUCUGCAAGCUCAAACGUUAUUUGCUACAUGAAGGCUUUUGCGUCAAAUGUAAAUAUUGGUACUCUGCAGGAGUUGCCUUCAAAAGUUUGUGGUUUCCUCUCAAGUGACUGUAGCCAGGAGAUGAUGACAGGCAGCAGUAACAGCCUUUUGUGGCUCAAUUGUGAUCCAGCUUUAUGCUCUGAAGCAGAGCAGCCACUGCCAGGCCAAAUUCCAGAAACAGAACAGUCACGGGAUGCUUCUUCCUGCCUCAGCGCAGCAGAAUGGCCACUGAGACGUUAUGGCAAAUUUAUGCCCGGAAGCUUGGGAAAUACUUCGGGCUCUUGGGAGGUUUUGGAGUCAAACAAAGAAUCUGGCUUUCUUGUUCUCACCAUAGUUAUUUCAGGCCAUUUCUUCAUUUCCAGAGGAAAGGAAGUACUGGAAGGUUUUUCAUUAAUUGAUGCUUCUCAAUGGCUGAAAAUAGUUAGAAAUGCAGAUUGCAUGUUAUUUGGUUCAAAGGCAAAGUUGGACCAACCUGCAACUAACUUGCUCAGAAUCCAAUCCAAGAACAAACAUCGUAUGUUUCGUGUUCAAUUUAUGGGAGACUCCAAAACACUGGCAGAGGAACACUGCAAUAACUGUGUACAGAAACUUGCUGAUUAUGUUCCAGUUCAAGUAAUGGAUGCAGCAAGACAGGAACUAGAACAGGGUCACAGCCUGCUGCUUGAUACUGAGAGUCAACCGAAAGAUGCUGAGCAAAAUGUACCAAUGCAACAUACUGUUGUAAAUUUACCUCCAGCCCAAGAAAGAACAUCUGUGGCAGAGCUAGCACAGCAUGUAUUGACAUCAAAAGUUGAGCUUCCUCUUGCAUAUCAACAGUCCCAGUGGAAUGCUGAAGAUCUAGGCAGUUUUAUUCGAUUGUGUCUCAUGGAUCAGAGCUUCCCAGCCUUUGUGCAAGAAGUAGAGAAGCAGCUGAAAAAAAUUACAGAUGGAUAGAAAGCAAAUAAUUGAAU